AUGUCCGAGCACACGUGGACUUCGGGUGACUUUGAACACCCAAAUGAGGAAUUACGGUGGUCUAUCAGUGUUGGACUUGUCUUUGCUUUUCUGCUCUCUACCGUUGCGGUGGGCCUCCGAUUCUUGGCGAGGCGAGUGGCUGGUGGUAGACUGUACCUGGAUGACUGGCUGAUGCUUGUUGCUCUGCUAUUCAAAUAUGGAUGCUCAAUCGGAGUCACUACGCUCCUCUACAACGGCCUAGGCUCCCAUAUCGAUACUAUCCCACCGAAGAACCUUGAAUGGUAUUUCAAGGUUGCAUGGGCCAAUAAUUUUGUUUAUCCAGGAUGCAUUGCUUUCAUCAAGCUAUCUAUUUUGGCGCUGUAUAAGCGGAUCUUUUCUACCAAGAAGAUGAACUACGCCGUCAACUUGAUGGCAUCAUUUGUUGUUGUCUGGAUGAUUGGUAACUUUAUUGCUGGUGCCAUCAACUGUCUACCAGUAGCCAAAUUCUGGGAUCGUUCACUCGAGGGAGCUUGCAUGGGUAUUGCACCUUUUUCAUACGGACAGCAGAUUCCAAAUAUUCUUUCGGAUGCUAUCAUUCUAGUUAUGCCUCUUAAAGUGGUCUGGACCCUGCCGAUUCCAAAAUCUCAAAAGAUGAUGCUUUCUGGAGUCUUUAUUGUCGGAGGCCUGACUCUGAUCUUUGACUGUGUCCGACUGUGGCGCAUGAUUAUCCUGUCACGUUCGGGUCCUGACAUUACGUAUAACCAAGCCCCCGUUGUCCUUUGGACCUGCGUUGAAGCGGCCGUUGGCAUUGUGGCUGCAUGUCUCCCCAACCUCAGACCCCUUUUCAAGAUUGGCCGACCUGGAUUCUGGUCCCAGCUUCGAUCCGGAAGCAAGGGAUCUGGGAAGUCUCAUUUAAAUACGACGACCACUACCACAACUACAACAUCCUCGACAAAUAUGAGUGUUCAGAAGGGCCCUCUUGGUUCUCACACGGCUGAAGAAGGCGUUGAAAUCCAUCGGUAUAGUGACAUUGUCCGCGAAAAAUGUUAA